UCAUUGGCAAUGGUAAAAUGUGGUUAGUUCUAUUGGUAUUAGUGAUAACUCUUGUCUUAAUUUGUAUUAAAAGACAAUAUAGUUACUGGGAAAGAAAUGGGAUACCUGGGCCAAAACCAAUACCGAUAGCUGGUAAUUUUUAUAGGAAUUUUGUGGGAAAAAUAUCCGCUGGAGAAAUUAUUACCGAAAUUUACAAUAAAUAUGAAGGUUAUCCAUUUGUUGGAAUAUAUAGGGCUACUUCUCCAGUGUUAUUGGUCAGAGAUCCAGAUUUCGUCAAGAAUAUUUUUGUUAGAGACUUCAAACACUUCCACGACAAUGAUAUUGAAAUUGACAAAGAAGUAGACCCCAUCUUUGGCAGGAAUCCAUUUGUUAUGAAAGGAGACGAAUGGAAAAGUAAGAGAGCUCAAUUAACAACAUUGUUCACAUCAGGAAAGAUUAAAGGAAUGUACCAAUUUCUUUUAAGAUCCUCUAAUCGCAUGGUUCAAUACAUAGAAGACGAAACGAAGUCAUCAAAUGAAUUUGAAGCGAGAGAAAUUUGUGUCAGAUUCGCUCUGGACAAUGUGGCUGCUUGUGCUUUUGGGUUAGAAGGAAAGUCAUUUGAUGAGCCAUAUUCGCAAUUCAGAGAGUUAGCUGAUAAUUUCAUAUCACCUGAUGGUAUAAGGAAUAAAAUUAUUGGCUUGUUGUUUGUUUUAUGUCCCAGUUUUUUCAAAAAAAUGAAAUUUAAAUUGGUACCAAAGGAUGUUGAAGAUAAACUAAUGGAAAUUGUUAAGAGUUCAUUAAAGUAUAGAAGGGAUAAUAAUAUUGUUAGAAAUGACUUUCUAGAUGCAGUGAGUAGUUUACAAAAGGAAGACGGUUUAUUUACCAGUGUAGAUAUUGUGGCAAAUGCUGCAAGUUUUUUUGGGGAUGGCUACGAAACAAGUUCACGGGUCAUGGCUUUUUUAGUUUUUGAGUUGGCUGCAAAUCCUGAUAUUCAAGACAAACUUCGCAAUGAAAUUAACACAGUCUUAGAAAAUAACGAUAACAGUUUAAAUUAUGAAGUUAUUCAAAAUAUGAAAUAUUUAGAUGCUUGCUUAAGUGAAAGCCUCCGAAAAAAUUCGAUCGUACACAACUUGAACAAAAUUUGUACCGAAGAUUACACGUAUACUCCAACAAAUCCCGAUUUCAAAAAUAUAACAGUAAAAAUCAAAGCUGGAGAAUCGGUUGUAGUGCCUCUAACCGGACUACAGAUGGAUCCUAAAUAUUUCGAUGAACCGCAAAAAUUCAAACCAGAAAGGUUUCUUGGUCCAAUUAGUUAUAACAGAUCCACGUAUCUUCCAUUUGGAGAUGGGCAACGGGUGUGUUUAGGGCAAAGAUUCGCACAAACUCAAAUAAAAGUUGGUAUUGCAAAUAUAAUCAAGAAUUUUAGAUUGAAGGUUAGCUCUAAGACCAAGUUACCAUUGAAAUUAGAUCCUUAUUUUAUCAUGCGACACGCAAUAGGAGGAUUAUGGGUACACUUUGAAAAAAUUCAAUAAUAUAUAUAUAUAAUGAGAAUUCAACAAAAAAAAACUAUGGAGAAAUGUAUAUAUUUAUAAUGUCGUUUAUGUAUUCUGUAGUUCUAAUAGAAACAUUUUGAAUGAAUUAAAAAAUCAAUAGAAUCACAACAGAUUUUAUCAUCGUUUUUGUAUUAAAAUUCUUUGGUUUUCAUAGUUAAGUUACAAUUGAAAAUGCCACUAUUCAAAUUUAUAAAAUAUUUGGGCUAAACUUAUAACAAACAGUAAGCUACCAAAUAUAUAUAAAUCAUCUUACAUGACACGUAAGUUUUUACGUAACUGAGAUAUAUAGUGGCAUUGUUCCCAUUUCGAGGAACUUCUAAUUUUGAUACAUGUCUUGAAUUUGAGACAAGAAACUUUACUUCGUAUUGUUUCAAGCCUUAAAACAGACAACAAAUACUUGUUAGAUAUUACGUGAUAUAAAACUUUGUUAUAAUCAAAAAAUCUGGACAAGAUUUCCAUUUCUAUCUCAUUUUAAAAUUUUAGACUGACUAAUCUAGUAUUUUAUGCCUCCAUAGUCAUAACUUAAAACGCUUCGAACGAUUCAUAAUAAUUUUCUUCUAUUCCUAUACUAUUAUUUUUUUAAUAAGUACUACUACCAUUCAUUAAAAUACAGAAAUUUAUAAUCAAUACAAAUGCGGCAUUGCAUAAUAUUUGGACAUCAACUAUUACCUGACGUAUCUGUGAUUUAUCAAUCUUGAAAAAUUGUAACAAAAGUUUACCGAGCGUGCGCCAACUCGUGAUUUUAAUACGCGUUAUAAAAUUUUAACUCCAAUUACAAUGUGCCAACUCGUGAUCGUGAUGGUCACGAAGAUUAGACAACUCUUGUCAGGAUAUUAUGCAUUAUGUAAUAAAAAUAAAUUAACUCAACCGAGCAUGAAACAUGAAGAACGGGGCAUCAUCGGCAAUAUUAGGGAUAGAAUUUCAACCAAUUGCAUGCAUACAUAUUGUUUAGU